GUUCAGAGAAAAUUUGCUGGAAAUGAACCAAACGAAAUUGCCUUUUCAUUUAUAACGAUAUUCGAGAAUUGUUUCAGGAAAUGAACAAUUUUAAAUCUUUAAUGAAACUGCGUGAACAGAUCAUGUAGCUGUCUCUUUAACCGGUUCAAAGGUUGUCUUCGCACGUGGUAAACCAGCCAUCAUGGCAGCGCCCUGUGUCCUACUGUGAAGUGAGCAAUAUUCAGGAGUUUGUACAACAGAGGCAAAGUUAGAAAGUGAAGAAAACACAAGUUUGUUAGUUAGUUUUGGACAUUUGGAGAUGGCAGACAUCAGUAGGUGCGCUUUGCCUGAUGCAUCACCUGCUGCAGAGGAGAAGUCUGCAGAGUUGCCCCAGGACUGUAACACUGAGGAAAGUGAAUCAUCAGACCCAAGCAUGUACCGCUACAUUAAAAACGAUCUCUUCACGUCUGAGAUUUUCAAGGUGGAGAUAAGAAACCUGCCUAAAUUCACUGGGUUUAAUGAUCUGAAGAAGUUCUUGGCCAAGCAAAAUCUCAACCCACACAAAAUCAAGCUGUUUGGAAAGCAGACAUUUGCUUUUGUGACUUUUAAAAAUGAAGAAGAGCGAGAUAAGGCAAUGAAGUUGGUGCAUGGGAUGCAGUGGAAAGGCCAGGUGCUGACCGUUAAGCUAGCUAAGCCCAAAGCAGACCCCAUUAUGAGAAAGAGAAAACAAGAGGAGAGUGAGGGGCCCCCAUCGAAGAGGAUGGAGGAAGAGGACGAGGAGCCACAUAGUGUCCAGAUUGCCAAUGCAGUGACACCACUGUGGAACGUACCUUAUGACGAGCAGCUACGCAGGAAGGAGCAGGAGGUGGUGGCUGUGCUACAGAGACUAGCCAAGGAGAUUGGCAACACCAACAAAGCCAUGCUACCGUGGCUGUUUGCACAAAAAGGAAAAUACAACAAGAUGUGCUGUCCUUUGGAAGAAAUACGCCCUUCUCCCACCCAGACAGGGUACAGAAACAAGUGUGAGUUCCUGAUUUCAGUUGGAGCAGACGGAGAGGACAAGACCAUAGGAUUUCGACUGGGUAAAUAUAAAGGAGGCUCUUGUGCUGUGGUCGGUCCAGCAGAGACCAGUCACGUCUCAGCCGAAGCCAAAAGAGUGGUCAGUGCAUUUCAGAAGUUCAUCAGGACAACAACUUAUUCAGUGUACAGCCCAGAGACCUAUGAGGGACACUGGAAGCAACUAACAGUUCGAACCACGAGGAUAGGGCAAGCUAUGGCCAUAGUUUUCUUCAACCCACAGAAACUGGAUGAGGAGGAACUAGAUGCUUUGAAAACCUCCAUGAAGCAGUACUUCACAGAGGGAGAAGGGAAAGACAGUGGCAUCACAUCGCUUUACUUCGUUAGAGAAGGGCAAAGAACGUCUCCUAACCCUGAGGAUCUACCCUGUGAGCUGGUGGGCGGAGAGAGCUGCAUUUAUGAGGAGCUCCUGGGGCUGAAGUUCAGAAUUUCGCCUCAUUCAUUUUUUCAGGUGAACACAGGAGCUGCAGAGGUGCUGUACUCUGCUGUUGGGGAGUGGGCCCAGUUGGAUGAGAACAGCACUGUUCUGGAUGUUUGCUGUGGGACUGGGACAAUUGGGAUCUCUUUAGCCAAGAGAGUAAAGAAAGUUAUUGGGAUUGAACUCUGCCAAGAAGCAGUGGAGGAUGCCAAAGUCAAUGCAAAACUUAAUGAGCUGAGUAACAUUGAGUUUCAUUGUGGAAAAGCUGAGGAUGUGUUCCCAAACAUCCUAAGUGGUACUGUUGCAUCCAACCUCAUAGCUAUAGUGGAUCCACCAAGAGCAGGCUUGCAUUCCAAAGUUAUCCUGGCUAUAAGGAGAGCAGAAAAUCUCAAGAGGCUGGUCUAUGUCGCAUGCAAUGCAAAGGCUGCUAUGAACAACUUCAUAGAUCUGUGCCGUGCUCCAUCAAACAGAGUCCAUGGAGCCCCUUUCCGUCCAGUGAGGGCCCUGGCCGUGGACCUGUUUCCUCAGACGAUGCACGUUGAGUUGGUUCUUCUUCUGGAGAGAGUGGGCUACGAAUCCCAGCCAUCGGAGGACAGUGGUAGCCAACAACAACCUGGCUCUUAAAUAUACAAGUAACAUCCAGGGGCCGAGGGGUUAAAAUACAGGCAAUUGAAUUGUUACUUUAGAUAAAGUGUAAAUAUCCUCUCCCAUGUAUGGCCCAUUUCAAAAUAAACUUGUAAAUAUUAUUUGUAGAACAUUAUUUGUAUUCUGGUUUUCCAUUUAUGUCCCUGCACUUAUACCAAUAAAUUGCUCUCAUGUCAUUA